AUGCCAUCAGCGCCGCGAGAGCAGAGUGGAGGAGAGAUAGAUCUGCGGGAAUUGUGCACCAAUACGAAAAGGCUGUUGGGACCCACCGUUGUGCUGGACCUCGUUGUGGGCAUUGGGAUGGGGCUGGCGGUGGUGCUGAAGUCGGGCAUAAGCGUGGAGAAAUGGAUUCUAGUGGAAAGCGACAUGCAGGUGGCUAAGAUGGCGGUGUCACACGCGGACAAGCUGCACGAGAGAUACCCACACCAGUUCUGCGCGGCGACAUUGGAGUGGAGCCUGCUGUCGGGAGCCGGCAGAGGCAUGAGGGACGAGCGGAGCCGUCUGUUCAGGGAGCUCAAGCGAGUGCUAGGGCUCAUCAAGCGGAUGCAAGGGGACGUGCUCUACAUCGUCGAAAAUGUGGACAUGGAAGGGGACGUGAGGGAACAGGUGCAGGUGGCGCACAAGGAAGUAACGGCUACCCUGGGACCGGGCGUGGUGGCAGACGGGGCGCAAGCGGGAAGCAGGACACACUGA